AUGAGAUUUGUGUUUGACGAGUCUAUCAGGUGCUCUGUGUUGGCGUCGUAUACAGCUAGGGUCAAUAUGCAUGCAGACAUGGUGGUACAGGGCUAUACCAUUCCAAAAGGGACACCUAUGGUGCUUGCAUUGGGUGUUGUACAAACGGAUGACAAAAUAUGGUCUGAGCCUGAAAGAUUCAUUCCAGAACGAUUUUUGCCUGAAAAUGCCAGUACUCGUCACCCGUUUUCAUUUCAACCAUUCGGGUUUGCUGGAAAACGAAAAUGCCCUGGAUAUCGUACUGUCUACUCAGAGGGUGCUGUAUUCUUAGCUACAUUGUGUAGAAAGUUUAAAUUUCGAAUGGUGGAAGGUCAGACCAUUGACAGGAAAUAUGGUUUCGUUACCAUACCGAGUAACGAUAUUUGGGUUACAGUUACAAAAAGAGACUGAUUAUGUAAACAUGUUGAAUUAACUGUUUAUAUAAUAUAAUAGUCUGUUGAUAUAUAUAUAUUAUAUAAUUGUCUUCAAGCUUCACACGUUUUAUAUAUUCCAGAAUGAUAUAUACACAUUGCCUUAAGUGGUUAUUCCUUUUAUAACUGAUAUACUAUUUAGUUUAUUUAGUACACGUCAAGUUAUUUGAUAGUGAUUUGAUGUCUAUUUUAAAAUAGUUCUUUAGGUAUACCUAGCUUUUAACAGUCUCAACAUUUCGUACUACAAACUUCUGUAUGAUGUUUGCCAGAAACAGUUUGUUGUGUACAACAAAUAAAUAAACACAUGACGUUUA